GGUCGCGGUCGGUCGCGAGUGCGGGGCGUGCACGAUGCGAGCGCUGCUGCGCACCGGGCUGGCCCUGGCGGUGGGCGCGGGGCUGGGCGCGGGCGCGGAGGGCUGGCGGCGGCGGCGAAGACAUGAGCGUGAGCAGGAGCGUCCCGGGUCCGAGCCGGGGCUGCUGCAGCGGCUGCCCGUGCUGCCCGUGGCGGCGGCCUCCGUGCCCGGCCUGCCCGGGGCCCCGGGCGAGCUGGCGCUGGCCAAGUACGGGCUGCCCGGGCUGGCGCAGCUCAAGAGCCGCGCGUCGUACGUGCUGAGCUACGACCCGCGGACCCGCGGCGCGCUCUGGGUGCUGGAGCAGCUGCGGCCUGAGCGGCUCCGCGGCGACGGCGACCGGCGCGCCUGCGACUUCCGCGAGGACGACUCGGUGCACGCCUACCACCGCGCCACCAACGCCGACUACCGCGGCAGCGGCUUCGACCGCGGGCACCUGGCCGCCGCCGCCAACCACCGCUGGAGCCAGAGCGCGCUGGACGACACCUUCUACCUGAGCAACGUGGCGCCCCAGGUGCCCCACCUCAACCAGAACGCCUGGAACAACCUGGAGAAGUACAGCCGCAGCCUGACCCGCAAUUAUGAGAAUGUCUAUGUGUGCACCGGGCCACUCUUCUUGCCCAGGACGGAGGCCGAUGGGAAGUCCUACGUGAAGUACCAGGUUAUCGGCAAGAACCACGUGGCGGUGCCCACACACUUCUUCAAGGUACUCAUCCUGGAGGCAGCAGGCGGGCAGAUCGAGCUCCGCUCCUAUGUGAUGCCCAACGCACCUGUGGACGAGACUACCCCGCUGGAGCGCUUCCUGGUGCCCAUCGAGAGCAUCGAGCGGGCAUCUGGGCUGCUCUUCGUGCCCAACAUCCUGGCACGGGCGGGUAGCGUGAAGGCCAUUACUGCAGGCUCCAAGUGAGGGCAGCACAGGGCUGGGCCAGGGGCCCUGGGACAUUAAAAGCGCCUGUUUCGGACCCA